GGAGGAGCUGAUUCGGCUAGCGUCAUCAUCAGCACCAUCGACUUCUGAUUUCAUCACUCUCACACUAGCUAUGACAAUUACCUUGCCUACGAUUCGACAGACCAUCCCCAACAGUCACUGAACCACAGCCACGCAGAUGAGCGUCAAGAGAGCCAAAGGGAGAGCACUUUGCACACCCCGUGUACAAUUUAAAGGACCUCCGAUUUGUUUGGUGCAAGCAGCGGCCAAUGUUCUGAACUGAAGCCGAGGUAGCCAGUGUGGGGCCUUGGGACGCCUGCGUUCACAGUGCUGUUUUUUCUUGCAAACAUGGCGGCCCCUGCGCUAACCAGCCGGGCUGGGUCCGUAAAUAGCUUGGGAAACAGCCCCACUGCGACUCCCAGCUCCACGAACAAUAACAAGAUCAUACCAAGCUACCCCGAGCUCGAUUUCAGGUCCGGGGCCAGAAUCGAGGAUUUGAACCGAUUGAUUCAGGAAUUUAGUAAACACGAUCAGCGAGAAUAUGACGACCAGCGAGCGCUCGAGAUCCACACGGCCAAGGAUUUCAUUUUCUCCAUGCUCGGUAAGAGAUAGUCGGUUGGGAAAUCACGUCUGUUUAGCUGACAUUUGAACCUAGAAUGAGGCAGAACUGUUUUUAUUACGCUAAAUGUAUUUAUGACAAUUCUCAAUAACAACUACAGUCCGCUAGCUUGAUCAGUGGUGAAUGGAGGCAAUAAUGAGUGUGCUGUUUCAAAUCUAUCAGUGUAGAUCAAGAUAUCAAAUCAAAAGGCUGACUCUAAAUCCCUAAUAUCUAUUUAAUCUCUGACCCGUCAUUGUCCAGUCCUAGAUAAAUUGAACAAUAUAAUUAUGUAUGAAUUUAGUCUUACAUCAUUCAUAGGGCUGCACCGCCUGCAAACUAAAUGUGAGUGCCAAUGCUCGAGGGAAUACGGCGUGGUUGAAAUCUGGUCGGGAGGUUUUAUAACCAUAUAAACCAGAUUAAUACAUAUUUUUCAUGACAUCAUGAAGAAUAUGUUUUUUGGUUGAAGUCUGAUCGAACUACUGACCAGUUAUCUAAAUGCUACUCAAUUAAUAAACGUGCAUAGUGUUUGUUGGCCAUGCACCCAUUGAAUAUAUGACACUGGAACCGUUGCAGUUAUACAAAUUGGAGUAAUGUUCUUUUAAAGCAGGGUUUGCAUGAUUCAGCUUAGAGCAGUUGGCAAACAACAGCUGCAGAGCGCACCAAAGUGGGUUAGGGUCUCAUGGACCCAGUCAACAAGCUGGAUCUAUUCCGUUUGAGACUCGGGGGACUCGGACUCAGGGGGCUUCAUGCGGGCCGAGCUCUUCCCGAGUGCGGCAUAAUCAUAUUACUCUGGGCUGAGGCUAAUGGUACUCGGGCGAGUCCACUUCAGUUCAUCCGGCCCGAUUAACUUUUUCAGGAGUAGGGCCAUUUUAAGUUUUUAUCCGGCAGGUGAUGAAAUACCAAUUAAAUAGUUUUUUAUAUUUCACCUCCAAGGCAUCGAAUUUGCUAGGUCAUUAGCAAGCUAAAAUGUGUGACAGUCUCUGCGGCCCUAUAGCCAUCAGAUAUGGUUCAUAAUUUAGAGGAUCUAUGCUUUAAAUGCUGUUGAUUUUAGUACAGGCUAUGGCUUUUCGUAGUUGCAGUCCACCGAAUUGAAAAGUGCACAUUCACUUCCAUAAUAUUUGUUCUAGGCUACCAGCAUGUAAGAUAAACAUGCACAAUAAUACAGUAUACCCUUACAAAAAUUAACUGUGUGUGGCUUCUAAUGGUAACUGUUAAUUUAUUAUGCUGUGCAUUUUCUUCUGUUCCACUGAAUGCAAUUUAGAUUUUUAUAGACUAACUGAAUUCGUUUUCAGAACUUAACAAAAGACACAUAGGCCUGUGUAUUUUAUUGCAAUAUCCUACUACAAUCCACAUGUAUUUACAAACCCCUAUUUUUAUCCCAUUAAUUUAAAUAAUUAGUGAAAUUAUUGCACCUGAAUUUGACACUGAAAAUAUGACAAUUAUAUUUUCUCUUAAAGUAUUUGAGCAAUUCAAAUUACUGCACGCAUUGUUAUUUUAAUUUCAGUAGCUAAAUGAGGAGGUAGGCAUAUCUGUUCCAAUUAAAACUUGGAUUGGAAUCUGUGCGCAGUGCAGGCAGCUUGAGCAUUCAAGCGCAUUGCUCAAGUGUCAUUGGGACAGAGUGCCCGGUAGGCUACACAACAACGCAGCUGGAAAACAAUGACAGCUUCUCGAAAUGUGCACAAAAAACUUCGAUAACAUUCUCCUGAGUUCUUGUUUUACUUUUGUAAGUAAAGCGGCGGUUUGUUGGGGAGAAGAACAUCAAGGAAAGUUUUGCUAACAGGCUAAUUUUAGCUAGCUAACAUUAGCUCUCUAGCUGAUCUUCCAUGGACAUGGUAAGUUUACAUUUUUACCUGCUGCAGCUAGCUAACAUUUUGAUAUUUUGAUAUCUGUUUAGCUAAUGACAGUGUGUCUCUCUCUCGCUCUAUCGGUCUCUCUGCCUCUCUGUCUGUGUAUGUGUGUGGGACAGACGGACAGAGAGCGAUGAUGAUCACAAUAACUUUAGAAAAAGUGUGCACAUUUUUUACAGUAAGUGUCAUGAAAAGCCUGAAAACUCAGGAGGUUGAUGUGUUGUUGCGGGCCCUCGGGAAAGUCCUAAAAUAUGUCCCUGACCGCCGUGGUGGAGGAGGACGCAAAGUACGUAUAUGAGCAAGUUGCUCUUUUUUGAAGACCUCUCUAAGCUAUAGCUGUGACAUACUUCUUCAACUAGUACCAUGGAAAUACUUUGAGUCCACAAAGUGUCUUCAGGAACAUCCUUUUCUACUUUUCUUUUUAAAUCUCAAAUUGAUAAAGUUGUAAUGCGCUGAUUCUCUUCACUGCAGAUCAGACCCAUCACACCACUAUUCAAGAGGGUCACUAUACUCCAGAUCGCCUUCUCUGCUCUGCUCUGAGGUCCUUGAUGAGGAUCUACUCGAUCACACCACUCUCUUAUUAAGCAUUCAUUUAAAAAACCAAUGUGCGUUUAUAUACUCUGUCCCAGUCUUUCUAUGCAUGUAAUGUCUGUGGGUGAAUUAUGAAACAAUUACUGUAUGCAGAUGUGCAAAGAAUUGUGAUCUAGAUUUGUUUUUGCCAUUGCUUGAUCUAUUUUAAAUGUAAGAAUAUGUUGCAGAUUGAAACUUUUAAUUGGUGCCUAUGGAAACAAAUAGAAAUGUAAUUAACAAUGUUUUCAAUAUACAACUUUAUCCUUUGCAAUCCUUUUUACAGAAGGUAAUAAGCUGUAGUCAGGCGGUCAUUACCAGGUUAUGAUGAGGUCUUAACUAUGACCAGUAGCCUACAUAAUAUAACGCAAUAUAGUGGUCAGAAUUAUGAUGAGCUGGUCAGAUAGAGGUCACAAUUGCGACCAGAAUAAGACGUCAUACUGACGUCUUUUCAACCAGGUUUUGCCCACUGGGUAAUGUAUCAUGGAUAUAUUGUGACUGACUGACUGAUCUUCAAAUAACAAUGAGUAGUUAUUUAAGAUGGAAGGUGACUUGAAGAUUAGUCUGUCGGCUGCAAUGUUGAACAACCCCUGUGUCUGAUCACGGUGGGCGCGUUCGAGCAGAUCACUUUUGGAAAGUCGUUGGUCACCGCUUUUCAAAGUGUGAUCCUAAUAAAUACCAAUACAUGUUGACUGCAUGAUCUCUACAAAAAAUCAUGUGAUCAAAGGUCAUGAAGUUUUGACUGCAGUCGACUGCAAGUUUCUGCAGUUGCUCUUCACCAACUUCAUUCAGCAGCAUCGCCUACGUUGUGGGAGGCUCUAUUGUCAACCAAUCAUUAGGGGGGUUUGUUUGGCUCACGAACUGACCAAAAACAUGACUGAAACAGGAACUAACUUUGCCGCAUUUCAUAAAUAGCAGUGGAUAUACAAAUUAAUGUGAUAUGAGUCUCUCUCAAUAAUUCAUUGUACAAUGUACACACACAUAUUUCCGUUUGUGAGUGUGUGAUAUGGGGGUUGGCGACAUGUUUUUUUCAAAAUUAUAAAGAUCUUUUUUUAUAAACAAAUGUCUUUACUACUCAGCUUUCGUCUAGAGUCGGUUGCUUUAACCUUACCACUCAAACAUGCCCACUAACUCAGUUGGAUUCAAAGUCUGGUCAUGACCCCAAAAUUCUUAUUAUUUUUGUUUUAUUUUUAUAAGAAUAAAAAUAAUGAAGAUGACGGGUCAUUGUAUGGGACAACAUAAAAACGUAUUUGAGAAAGAAUAUUUGAAAAAUACAAUUUUAUGAAGUAAAUGUAUUUAUUGGUUUCAUAAAAAUUGGAUGAAUUGGAUGUUAUUUGUUGAUAUAAAAAUCAAAAUAUAUUUGCAGGAAAAAAUAGGAAUACCACUGCACUAACUUUGAUUUGACUGGCAUAUUAGGUUCACUGUUGUGGUGGUUCAGCAGCAGUGCAGAAAACUGGACACCAGGAAAACUCACUCAGAUGAUGUGAGCAAAAGAUACAAAUAGAGUAGCAGACAGACAGACACUCACAGUCGCACAGUCACACACACACAUUUAUUUCCAUUCAAAAUCCUAUUUUCCCUAAACCUUACCUGAACUCUUAACCCUAACCCUAAUUGUAACCCUAAAGCUAACCCUCAAGCCUAAAAUAGCCUUUGUCCUCGCGGAGACCUGGGAAAUGUCCCCAUGAGGGAGAGUUUUCCUUGUUUUACUAUCCUUGUGGGGACUUUUUAGGGAUUUCCGGUACUCACAAAGAUAGUAAUACAAGCCCACACACACUUGCGCUGUAGGCCUACACACUUAAGCUUCUUGCGCUCAGUUUCCCAAAGUCACAGUGUCUCAAACAAAACAGUGACAGUAGACCACAGCGCCAAGCCACUCGGGCCCGUCUCUUAUGUUGGGGGUUAUGGCUGCUGAGAGGGAACAGACACUUCCUGGAAUCAGUGAAGAGGAAAACAAAACGAGGCAGAGCACUGCAGUCCACAUGGAUAAACUCAGCCGACGCUAACGGAGCAUGCUAGGCUAGCUCAGUCCAGUGCAGUGCACACAGAACCCAGAAGCCAACGAUGCACAAGCUAAUGCCAAGUAAUUUUUUUACAUCUGAAAUGCUAUGGGAUGGCAGGAUGACUUUGACAGGGGAGAUUAUUUGGCCUGUGUUAAUAUUAUGUCAUGUAAAUGUAUCGGGUUGGAACCGGUUCAGGGAACAGAACAAAAAAACAAAACCGGGCACGAAAGUGAUCUCUAGUGUUCCGGGACAGAACCGUUAUUUUCAAAUCUUGAGAACCGGUUAAUAAUGUUAUCUUUUAGUUCCAAAAAUAUUCCUAAUGUCUAGUAUAUAAUUUGGUGAAGUUAUAUUGCUAGUAAAAGCCUAAACACAUUUCAAUUAAUGUAAUGAUUCAAGCCAAGCCCCCUCCAUGUCCACCGCUCUCUCCCCAAUUUCAGUCGCAUCUCGCGACUGCACUUAGUUGACCAAUCAAAAAUGUAAACCACUAUCUUACCCGUUCCACAGCAAGCUGCUCAAUCUGCACUAAUUGGGAGAGUAAAUUAAUGAGCUAAAUGAAAAAACAAUGUUGAUUUCUCAGUUGUUGUUUUUAUUGGUUCCAACCCGUUCAGAACUUUAUUUUCUGGUCAGAACACCGGAAUGGAACCCAAAAAAUAUGGGUUCUGCUCUGAACGUAACAUAAUUUCGCAUCCAACCGCUGAAAUGUUUAGGCCUAGAAAUACUAGUGUAAAGAUCAAUAUAGCCUAGUGUCUGGCUCUGUAUGUUAUCCCCAUAGUGGGCACUGGGCAGCGUGGUGGUUGGACUGUGACAGACACCCUGGUGGGGGUGUGAAAUAGGCCUCUAUUGCCCAGACUUGCAGGCUGGAGGGAUUGGGUGGAAAUUGGCUUGCACUGCCCCCUAGUAGAGAGAUGUGGUACAACACUAGUAUCCAGAGGGGUAUAUUAUUUUUUUACGUUUACAUUUUAGUCAUUUAGGAGACACUCUUAUCCAAUUUCGUCAGUUAUCAGAUGCCGCCUUCAUCCGCCUUUCCAGCCGUUUGGGAGAAGGGACUCCUGUAUCCGCCUGGUCAGCCAUUAAGGCUUUGUAAUUGGAGUUGUCCAUCUCCUAGACUGGCUGCCCAUCAGGGUUUGAGAGCCCAGUCUACCCUACAUUUUCCCGUAACCCUGGGUGGGUGCCCCUAACCGGGUGCUGUCAGCCGGAGCCAGCUGAACCCGAGACUCGUGUGGGUAAGGGGUAGCAUGCAAGGCAGAGCAAAGCGAAGCAAAGCAAGCAUGGAAAAUUUACUCAACAACCAAAAACACUUCCAAGUUCAGCUUUCUUAAUGAACCAUAAAAUAAAUAGAUAUUUCUAGCUGGCUAACUCAUUGAUCCUGCUUUGUAGUAUACCCCUCUGGUCUACUGGUAAUAGGUUAAGUUGCAUCUAAACAACACUAAUCAGAUAUUUUCCCACUCCGCUGAAUGUUAAGGUUAGUAUUGGGGGUAGGGUAAUCUGAUCUUAGAUCUGUGGUUAGAGGCGUCCUCUACCUCAAGUGUGUCAUUCAGAGUGGAUUGCGACAAUAACGCAGAGCAUUUGCACUGCUGAAACCUAAUCAUAGGCUAGCUAUAUGCUGUUUAUUCAUCCCCCUAUUUUUUAAGGAGUGGGACAGUCCCACUCCUUUUGUAUUUUUUGUACUUUUUAUUGAACAGAUAGGAAAGGUUGUGUCAAAGGGCAGUGGGCCGGAUUUGAACCCAUGCCAACUCUAACCGCUGGACCACACAGGCCGCUAUUAAUCCCCCUUCAUCCUUCUCCCAUCAGGUAUGGUGCAGAAACUGGACCAGAAGCUCCCUGUGGCCAACGAGUACCUGCUGCUGUCAGGUGGUGUGCGGGAGGGCGUGGUCGACAUGGACCUAAACGAGCUGAGUGUCUACGCCCGCGGCACCGACUACGACAUGGACUUUACCCUCCUCGUGCCCGCGCUCAAGCUGCACGACCGCAACCAGCCGGUCACUCUGGACAUGCGCCACUCAGCCCUGUGCCACUCGUGGCUGAGCCUGCGCCUCUUCGACGAGGACACCAUCAACAAGUGGAAGGACUGCUGCACAGUGGUAGACCACAUCAACGGCGCCACCAACUACUUCUUCUCACCCACGCUGGUGGCUGACUGGUUCUAUGAGUCCAUCAGCGUGGUCCUGGUGGAGAUCCAGAAGAAGCCCCAGCGCGGCAUGCCCCGCGUGGAGAAGGUGGAGCGGAAUGGCACCAUCAUCUCCGUCAUCCUGGGCGUGGGCAGCAGCCGCAUGCUCUAUGACAUCGUGCCUGUGGUCUCCUUCAAGGGAUGGCCGGCGGUGGCCCAGAGCUGGCUGAUGGAGAACCACUUCUGGGACGGCAAGAUCACAGAGGAGGAGGUGAUCAGCGGCUUCUACCUGGUGCCUGCCUGCUCCCACAAGGGCCGUAAGGAGAAUGAGUGGCGCCUGUCGUUCGCCCGCAGCGAAGUGCAGCUCAAGAAGUGCAUCUCGGCCAGUCUGAUGCAGGCCUACCAGGCGUGCAAGGCCAUCAUUAUCAAGCUGCUGUCAAGGCCCAAGGCCAUCAGCCCCUACCACCUGCGCAGCCUGAUGCUGUGGGCCUGCGAUCGGCUCCCUGCCACCUACCUGUCCCAGGAAGACUUCUCAGCCCACUUCCUGCUAGGCCUCAUCGACGACCUGCAGAACUGCCUGGUCAACAAGAUGUGCCCCAACUACUUCAUCCCACAGUGCAACAUGCUGGAGCACCUGUCUGACGAGACAGCCAUGCUCCACGCCCGCAAGCUCAGCUCGGUGCGCUCCGACCCGGCCGAGCACCUGCGCACCACCAUUGAGCACGCCAAGGCGGCCAACCGGCUGACCCUGGACCUGCAUUGGCGCAGUAGCGCCUCAAACCUGCCAUCACCACAGUCAGACGCGGGCGGCGAGCACCAGCCGGAUGACCGCUUGGCUAAGAAGCUGCAGCAGCUGGUGACGGAGAACCCUGGCAAGUCCAUCUCGGUGUUCAUCAACCCAGAUGACGUGACGCGGCCACACUUCCGCAUCGACGACAAGUUCUUCUGA